AUGGGCCUGCUGUCAGCUGAGAUCGGCGCCAAGCCGGUGCACCUGACGCUGACACGGGACCGCGUGCGCGCGCUCAAGGCUGGGUCGCCCUGGCUCUACGCAGACUCCUUGCGCGAGCUGCCCCCCGCGAGGCCGGGGUCCAUGGCUCUCAUCAAGACCAAGGACGGUGACAUCAUCGCCAAGGGCUUCUACGACCCUGGGUCCCAGCUGGCGUUCAGGGCGGUGGCUGUCAGGGAGCGGCGCCUGGACGACGCGCUGGUGGCGGCGCGGCUGGAGCGCGCGGUGGCGAUGAGGCAGCGGCUGUUCGAGGGCGCAGACACCGACGGGUACCGCCUGGUCAACGGGGAGGGGGACGGGCUGCCAGGCCUGGUGUGUGACGUGUACGCGUCUACCGCUGUGGUCAAGCUGGACGGCGCGGGCCCGGCCGGGUUCUACAACGCCAAGGGCAUCGCGCAGUGGCUGGUGCAGCGGCUGCCCCGGCUCAACUGUGUCUGGCUUAAACACAGGGCCGGCGAGGACAGCCGCGGCGCUCUGCUGCUGGGGGAGCGCCCAGCGCGGCCGGUGGUGUUUGUUGAGAACGGGGUGCGCUUCGAGUCCGACGUCGUGAUGGGCCAGAAGACGGGCUUCUUCCUGGACCAACGGGACAACCGCAAGCGGAUGCAGCCCUUUGCCCGCGGCCGCCGCGUCCUCAACCUCUUCGCCUACACCGGGGGCUUCUCAGCCUACGCUGGCGCUGCGGGCGCAGCCCACGUCACCUCGGUCGACCUGGCGGCGCCCGCCUGCGCGUCCGCGGAGGUCAACUGGGGCCUCAACGGGCUGGACGCGGGGCGCCACGCGGCGGUGGCGGCGGACUGCUUUGCGUUCCUGGAGGACGCGGCGGCGGCAAAAGAGGCGUGGGACGUGGUGAUCGUGGACCCGCCAUCAUUUGCCCCCAGCAAGCAGAGCGUCACCAAAGCCACAGCCAGCUACGAGCGGCUGUUUGCGGCGGCAGUGAAGAUCACGGCGAGUGGCGGCAUCCUGGCGCUGUCGUCCUGCUCGAGCCACAUCGACUUCCCCCUGUUCCACCAGGCGCGCCCGGGCACUAUCUGCGACUCGGCCGUGGGCCGCGCGCGGCGCUCCGCCGCGGUGCUGGGCGUGUAUGGUCAGCCGGAGGACCACCCCUUCCCCGCUGCCUGCCAGGAGCUGCGGUACCUCAAGUUCGUCACCCACGCCCUGGACUGA